UCUAAUAGCACAAUGAAGGUAGUUGGAAUUCUAAUUUUUCUCGCCCUUUAUGUGUCCCACAUAGAGUCUGAAAAAAAAGAUUGUCGGGGAGCUGCAUUUGGACAGGUGUGCGAGGGCCUUAAAAAUCGUGGUGUUGCUGGUUGGCCCGUUUGCCGAAAGAAUUCCAAUAAUGAAAUGUGGUACUUCGACACAAAGACGAAAACCUGUAAGAAGUUGGCCUAUAGAGGUUGUGGUGGCAACAGAAAUCGUUUUUGCUCUCGAAGUGCUUGCAUCAAACAAUGCAAGCAACCAAUUGAUAAAAUAAUGCAUACUAACCCUUUAGAUUAACUAUUUUACUUAACUUCUAUUUACAAAAUAAAUACAUUUAAAUA